UGUAAUAGCACUACUGGUACUGAUUAUUUCCAAAUCUUUUUUACACAGUUGUAAAUUUCUAUUCAACAUCAUGAAAUCUUCGGUUGUAUUGUGUUUGUUGGGACUUGUUAUAAUACAACAAUGUAUGAGUGUUCACAUUCAUUACCGAGGAGAAAAAACCAUUAAAGAAAAUGACGAAGACUACGAUGUUCACAUUAGUCAUGAAGGAGGUGACCACGCAGGCCACAAACACGUCGAUUGUGAUCACCCAAUCCAUAAGGAAGAAGAUCACGCCGAUCAUAAGCAUCAAUUUGCAAAAAACGUAGGUUAUAGUCCUGAAGAAGAUCGUCUCGCUCGCAUUCGCCAUCAAUUGAGACAUCACACAGAGCAUACCCACGAAUAAGGACAAUAUCCCACGAUCUAUAAAUAAUUAUUAUUCUAAAUUUCUAGCCAUUUAUAACAAAUACGGUAGUUCAUUACUGCUAAAUUUAUAUUUCAUAAAAAUAAUUAGUAUAAUUAGUAUAGCAUUAUAUAGCAUUGUCCAAUGUAUUUUAAAUCAAUUUUUUUGGUAUAAUUAAAAUUAUGUAGCAUUACAGAUUAAGUUAAGAAUGCCUACUCAAAAUGUUUAUUUAAUAAAUUC